AUGCCCAGCAAUGAUGGACAAACGAUCAAUCCUGGUACCCAAUACAUGUCGCCCUCACAGAAUCAGAUACCGGACCGCCCUCGUGCAAUCGAUCAACAGCAAGCCAUACGAUUGCCUAGCGAAAGUCAUACCGCUGCGUCUGAUCCAGCGACUGUCUUGAGUGACGCGAAUAAGGGUACUCCAACUGAGUACUUUGGCGAAUCUUCGACUUUCGAUUUCAUGGCAAAAGUCAGCUCACCAGAGAAGGAAGUAUCGACUGGUCGGUCAGGUGGUCCAGCCAGUGGAUCUGCUCUAAGAGACCCUAAUACGUCUCUCGCAGCCUCUUCGCCAUCAGUCCCGUUGUUCGAGCUCUUGAGCGCCGAGUCUGACGAUCCAUUUGGUUUGCCAUCCCGAUUCGUGGCUGAUCGUCUGGUCGACGCAUAUUUCAAGUACCGACAUCCGCUCAACCCUUACUUGCACGAGGGGACGUUUCGACAGAGAUAUCGGCGAUUGUGGCUUAGUCAGGAUCUAGGUGGGGAGGAGGCCACACAGCAGAGUCUGGCCUGGUAUGGACUUGUCAAUCUUGUGUUUGCGUUCGGAAGCGAUCACGCCAAUGUCACCGGCCGUUCAGCUGGUGAUCGGUCUCGUUACUUCAAAAGAGCAAAGACACUGCUUGUGUCUGGGAUGUUGCAAGUCAGCACCAUCGAGCUCGUUCAAGCUUUGUUACUCAUGGGUCAGUACCUCCAUGGAGCCCUCGAGCUCAACAACUGCUGGACCGUUAUCGGACUUGCAAUACGCACAGCACAGGGACUAGGGCUGCACCUCAACCCUGUCACCUUUACUUCAGAUAUGAUUGAGCAGGAAGUACGCAAGAGGGUGUGGUGGGGCUGCUUCGUCCUCGACCGAGUUUUAAGCAUGAAGGUCGGUCGGCCCACGAUCCCGGACGGUCCAGGAAUCGAAGUGGGAAUGCCACUGGCAGUGGACGACGAGUUCCUGUCCAACGAGGAGGGACAGUCCGUUCAGCCUCAAGGCGUGCCUUCCAAGCUGGAGUAUUUCAACCAGGUCAUUCCGCAGUGCCGGUUGAUGGAAAAGAUUUUGAAGACUCUGUACAGUGGCGAUGGACCCGGAGACAAUACGCAGAAAGCGAGGCCAGUAAUGGAUACCACUCAAUUCCUGGCCUUGUCGAUUCAGCUCGAUGGUGAGUUGACCACAUGGCAAGAGAAUCUUCCUAGUCACCUCAAACCAGGAGCAGAAGGCUUAGAGUGGCACUUUGAAAGGCAGAGAAAUGUGCUGCUGAUGAGAUACCUCCACGCGCGACAUCUGAUCCACCGUCAAACUCUGCUGCUUUACAUCACGCGGCGAGUCACAGACCCUUUCCAGCGCGAAAUUAUGCUUAAGUGUGUCAAGCGCUGUGUAACAGCGGCUUACGACUCGAUCACUCAGAUGGGGAGCUUGCAUCACCAGAAUAAGCUAUCGUCGUUCUGGCAUAAUUCACACUACGUCUUUGCGGCACUUGGUGUCUUGCUGGUAUAUCAGACGGUGGAACCCCAAUCUAAGGCAGAUAUCGCUUUGCCUCCCAAUGUGGACGUUGACCAUGCUGUCAGAAUAGGCCUGGAGCUGCUCCAGCGCGUGGGUGGUCAAAUGCACCCUCUUGCAUCUCGAUAUGUCCAAGCCAUUCAACAACUGCGAGCUAGGCUGCAGGCCCUGCCCUCAUCCAGAAGCAAGCCCCCUUCGAGAGAACCAAGCAGUUCUGACAGGCCCGGGGCGCCAUUAGGGGUUGCGACUUCUGGCAACGGCAGUCAGCCACCAGUACAUGCUAAUGCUAUCGGGUAUCAGUAUACUCAUCAGACACCGCACCAGCAAGCUGUGAACACUCUGUACCCUGCCUAUUCACAAGAAGCUUAUCAGCCGACGCCGGGUGAAGGAUCUCUGAGAGCCGGAUUUGAGGACGAAUUCGCAAACAUUGAGAGUAUGCUCAUGGACAGCACGGGCUGGACAGGUUUGAUGGACGAUUGGAGUGAUAAUCCGACCUACGCAAGAUUCACAUACAACGGAUUUGCCUGAACCUCCCGGCUCCACGCAGUCCACGGUCUAAGGACUGUCUUCACGUUGAUUCCAGUACAAUCCGCCACCUCCUCGUCAUCCAGGAACGUCAGAUCUUCUUCGUCUUCAUUGUGCUCAUGGCUGGCAUCCGAUUCCAGCUUCAACGAGCUUCUUAACAUCACCGCCGUGGUCUGGACAAUGG